CACAGUGGAGCUUCAGAAAACACUGAAAGAUGUAUACAGAUCAAAGCUCGAAGAGCUAGGGUUUUGAACCAGUAAUUGGUGUCCAUAUUUCUAGGGUUUUCGGAUUUCAGAUCGGUGUUCAAAUCGACCUCUGUCUGAAGAAUUUUUGAUCUUGGAAGUUUCUAAUCAGAGGUAUAGAUUAGAGAGGACUCUCUCUCAAGAAAAUGUACAGUGGCUCAAGCGAUGGCGAAGGCCACGACUCAUCAGCGCAGAGGAAGAUUCCUCCGCCGUCGUCGAUGCUGUGGGUCCGCAACCUUCGCCGGUUCAUCGGAUCCGGAGACGGUCUUGGCUCCGAAGCUUUGAUGGAGCUAGAAACAAAGAGAAUCUUGCUAGAAAUUUUCAAAGAAAAGCAACAAAAAAGUGCUCAAGCUGGUGCAAUUCCAAGUUUCUAUAAGAAGAAAGCUGAAGAAGGGUCCAUCAGUCAUAGGGUCCAGAGACUAGCAAAAUUUCGUUUUUUAAAGAAGCAAUCGGAUAUUUUGCUGAAUGCUGAUGAUCUGGAUGCCAUGUGGGUUUGCUUGAGGGAAAAUUGUGUGAUUGACGAUUCCACUGGUGCUGAAAAGAUGAAUUAUGAAGACUUUUGCCACAUUGCCUCUGUAUGUACAGAACAAAUUGGCCCUAAAUGCCGACGGUUUUUCAGUCCUUCAAAUUUUAUGAAAUUUGAGAAAGAUGAGUCAGGAAGAAUUGCCAUUCUACCCUUUUACCUUUACGUGAUGCGUACGGUUUCUCUUACUCAGGCCAGAAUUGAUAUGAGUGAGCUGGAUGAGGAUUCUGAUGGUUUCCUUCAAUCUCACGAAAUGGAGGCUUAUAUAAGAGGUCUUAUUCCUAAUUUAGCACAACUUCGUGACAUGCCUGCAGCCUUUGUUCAAAUGUACUGCCGUAUAGCUGCACACAAAUUUUUCUUCUUUUGUGAUCCCCAUAGGCGAGGAAAAGCUUGCAUAAAGAAAGUCUUGCUUAGUAACUGCCUCCAGGAACUAAUGGAACUGCACCAGGAAAGUGAGGAAGAAGUCACUGAUACUGAACAAGCUGAAAAUUGGUUUUCAUUGACAUCAGCACAACGUAUAUGUGAUAUGUUUCUUGCGCUUGAUAAAGAUAUGAAUGGGACAUUGAGCAAACAGGAGCUUCGAGAAUAUGCAGAUGGGACUCUGACAGAUAUUUUCGUUGAGAGAGCUUUUGAUGAGCAUGUCCGCCGAGGCAAAAAUGGAGGAGGUAAUGCUAGGGAGAUGGAUUUUGAAAGUUUUCUUGACUUUGUUCUUGCCUUGGAAAACAAAGACACUCCCGAGGGGUUAACGUAUUUGUUUCGCUGUCUCGAUCUCCAUGGAAAGGGAUACCUCACAACUGCUGAUAUUCACGCACUUUUCAGAGACGUACAUCAGAAAUGGAUAGAGGGAGGGAACUAUGAACUGUGUAUUGAGGAUGUAAGGGAUGAAAUCUGGGAUAUGGUGAAGCCAGCUGACCCUCUAAGGGUAACGCUAGCUGAUUUAUUAGCUUGCAAACAGGGUGGUACUGUGGCCAGCAUGCUCAUAGACGUACGCGGUUUUUGGGCCCAUGACAAUAGAGAGAAUCUUCUCCAAGAAGAGGAAGAGUCGGAGGAAGAAUGACUGGUUCAUUUGGGAAUUGUCUCUAUAUUAAAUCAAAGAAACUGCAGUCCAAACUUACUAUCGUGAUUUCACCAUAAUGUAUCUUUUUUUCUGCUUUUCUAUGAGAAUUUGAAAUGUGUGUUAAUAUUGCAUGUAAAAGGAUUGUAGUAUUAACCUUGAAUUUGAUUCCUGGGAUGUCGAGAUUUAAGAGCCCAAGGACUUUGCAUCAUGUUUUCACUCUCUGUAGCUAAUGUUAUGAACAUUGUUGAAGAUUUACUUAAGUUACAUCAUUGGGGCUUCAAUCCCCCAACCUCUGUGUAUGGCAAAUAAGGGGAG